ACACCACAGAUGAAAAAUGACUUGGAGUUAUGUUAGUUUCCGCCUCAUUGAUUUUGUGUGGUUAGUUUUGUCUUUUUCGUUCUUUGUGGCACUUGGAACUCACGUAAUCUUAAAACGUUUGCCCCAAAAAUACGAAACGUGUCGUGUUUACGUGUUGUUCCAGGAUCUGAUUCGAUACGGAAAGACUAAACAGAAUCUAAGACGCGACGACUGGUUGUGUGUGUUUGACGUCCCAAAGAGGUGGUUCUGGCACUUUUACGCCACUUCCCUUGUUUGGAAUGGUGGUCUUCUGUUGGCAUUCAGCCUGAACAUCACUUUACGGCAACAGUUAUGUCCACAAUGGCUCACGAGCUUAAUAAAUGUCCUAUCUGGAUCAAAGGUCUUAGGAAAUGAAGCUCCUCAUCUUUGCACAGUCCUGGUGCAGCUGCUGCUGUGGUUGCAUUCUCUCAGGAGGCUUCUGGAGUGUCUCUAUGUCAGCAUCUUCUCUGAUGGUGUCAUCCAUGUGGCGCAGUACAUCUUCGGACUGGGCUACUACUUCCUGCUGGGGGUGACUGUGCUCUGCUCGGACCGCCUAAAGAAAGGGAAUGGAACUCUCUUAUCCCAGCUGGAGUGGUUUCACUUUGCAGGAAUUGUGCUUUUUAUUCUGGCUUCUGUGCUGCAACAUCAGUCCAUGGUCCUUCUGGCUGGACUCCGCACAGGAAAGUCAGGAAAGGUGGAGACUCUGGCUCACAGGCUGCCAAAGGGGGGCUGCUUUGAACUGGUGUCAUGCCCUCAUUACUUAGCAGAGUUGCUCAUCUACGUCUCCCUGUGUUUAGUUUUGGGAGGGCAGUCUCUCACUUGGUGGCUCGUGGUCCUGUACGUGCUCUUCAACCAGGCGCUGGCCGCCCAGCUUUGUCAUGAGCUCUACGUCAGUAAAUAUGAGUCCUACCCUAGGCAGAGAAAAGCUUUUAUACCUUUUGUGAUGUAAAGUGUUAAGUAAAAUGAUGUGUUCUGUUCUUCAAAAACUGUUGGAGGUUUUUAUCAAUUACAUUUAUAUAUAUAUAUAUAUUGGGGCUGACAAAUGAUUGAAAAUUUUAAUCACAUAAUCAGUUUUCAAAUUAAUUAAUCAUGAUUAAUUACCAUUUGCAACUAUGUGUUAAAUAUGCCCAUUUUACUGUUAUGUUAUGUCAGCCUCUGUGUAACCGUGGAGAGCGAAAAAAAAAAAAACGUAUAUAUAUGUAUAUAUAUAUAUAUAUAUGUAUAUGUAUUUAUUUUACAGCUUUGCAUAUCUCAACCUACUUUGGAUUGGAUCCAUUUUUUUAAGUGAGUAAACUGUCAAAGUGGGUCCUGCAUCAUUGAAUUAUUCUGUGAAGAGGGAUAUGACUGCUUUUUUUCCCCUUUCAAACAUUUUUUUCUACUGUCAUUAUCACUAAUUAUCAUCAGAAAAACAUAACAAACAUACCUGCAAUUUAUAGUUACUAUAUACAGUGGUGUGGAAGAGUGCUUCCUGAUUUCUUUUUUUUUUUGUCACACUUAAAUGUUUCAGAUCAUCAAGCAAAUUGAAAUAUUAGUCAAUCACAACACAACACAAAAUGCAGUUUUUAAAUGCAACUUUUUAUUAUUUACUUUUUAUUAUUAAGGGAGGGAAAGAAAUCCAAACUUACAUGGCCCUGUGUGGAAAAAGCGAUUGGCCCCUAAACCUAAUAACUGGUUGGGCCACCCUUAGCAGCAACCACUGCAAUCAAGCAUAUGCAAUAACUUGCAAUGAGUCUCUUACUGGGCUGUGGAGGAAUUUUGUUGUAAUUCAGCCACAAUGGAGGGUUUUGGAUCAUUGUCCUGCUGAAGAAUCCAAGUUUGUUUCGGCUUGAGGUCACGAACAGAUGACCGGACAUUCUCCUUCAGGAUUUUUUGGUAGACAGCAGAAUUCAUGGUUCCAUUUAUCACAGGAUGUCUUCCAGGUUCUGAAGCAGCAAACCAGCCCCAGACCAUCACACUACCACCACCAUAUUUUACUGCUGGUAUGAUGUUCUUGUUCUGAAAUGCGGUGUUACUUUUAUGCCAGAUGUAAUGGGACACACACCUUCCAAAAAGUUCAACUUUUGUCUCGUCAGACCACAGAGUAUUUUCCAAAGGUCUUUGGGAUCAUCAAUACCGGUAUGUUUUCUGGCUAAAUUGAGACAAACCUUAAUGUUCUUUUUGUUUGGCAGUGGUUUUGGUCUUGGAACUCUGCCUUCCAGCACUGACCUUAACUGAGGCAAGUGAGGACUGCAGUUCUUUGGAUGUUGUUGUGGGGUCUUUUGUGACCUCUUGGAUGAGUCGUAAUUUUGGUUGGCCGGCCACUGCUGGGAAGGUUCACCACUGUUUUCGCCAUUUGUGAAUAAUGGCUCUCACUGUGGUUCUCUGUAGUCCCAAAGACUUAGAAAUGGCUUUGUAAACGUUUUCCAGACUGAUAGAUCUCAAUUAAUCUCAAUUAAGUUAUGUUAACAGGGGGCCAAUCACUUUUUCACACAGGGCCAUGUAGGUUUGGAUUUUUUUUCCUCCCUUAAUAAAAAGUUUCAUUUAAAAACUGCAUUUUGCGUUCAGUUGUGUUGUCAUUGACUAUUUCAAUUUGUUUGAUGAUCUGAAACAUUUAAGUGUGACAAACAUGCAAAAAAUAAUAAAUCAGGAAGGGGACAAACCAGUGGCGAAGCCAGAAAUUUUUCAUUGGGUUGGCCAAGGUGAGACCAUUACUCACAUAGGGGUGGCAAUAAGUUGAUACCUGAAGGCCAUCUAUAGAUGGCGAGUGGGGUGGCCGGAGAGUGGCCUGGGUUUGGACACCCCUGAUAUAGAUAAAUCAAUAUACUGUUUUAAUCCCGUGACAUGUCUUAAAAAGUAUCCUAAAAUUCACACACACUUGUAUACUGUACCUUUUUAAAUACAGUAUGUGAAAGCUACAUAUGAGCAAAAAGAAAACAUUGACGGCUUAAAAAGUUAGUAAAGUUUAAUAUAGUAUAUUAUAUGGUAGUAAAUAUAGUAUGGAUAUGGUGAGGUUUUUACAAACUGUGCAAUUUAAGAGGUUUAUCGUAAAUAAAUAUGGGCAGUGUAUGAUACAUGUAUUAAUAUACAUACUCUUGGUUUCGGGGUUAUUUCCUCAGAUAAUGUGCGUGUGUGCCUAAUGAAGUUUCACUUGAAUGUGUAUU